AUGCUUCGCUUCUUGCUUCUUCUUUUUUCCCUGUUUUCCUUUGGAUCCACUAUCGACGACCCGUGGGAUCACUUCGAGUUCGCAAUCACUUUCCAUUGUUAUGACAAGGGACGAAGUGAAUACAACUUGGUGAUUGAAUGGUGGGAGGAUGAUGCUCUCCCGAAAAUGGAGCAGAUCACUCAAUCGAAAUUCAUUCGUGCUAAAACUGGAAACUUCAGUUUUUCGAUGGCUGGAGCCAUGGAUGGAGAUGAACCCUGGUCUAAUGGAUACUCACCAGUCGCCUAUAUCACUCAUGAUUGUGAGAGAUAUGCACAGCCAAUUGAGUUGGAGAUGCAUGUCAACACUCAAUGUAAAGUUGGACAAAAAUCCUGUUACUACCGUAUCAUCCAGGAUAUCACCAGCCAAGAAGGAAAAAAAUACGUCAAUGCCGAUGCUCUGAAAAUGGGAGAUCUCACUCCGUUUCCAGAUUUCCACGAGGAUUUAUAA